UAAAUAGUAUAGCAAUCUAAUUUUGCACCGUCUUGUGUUCUUGCUUGUCGAACGACCUUGAUAACCAUGGCGAACUGAAUAUAAUUUCCUUUUCAUUAGGCAUUAAUUUGCAUGUUCAAUGAGGAAAUGGUGUUAAAACAAGCGCACCUUAAUUAUCCAGAUUGCCGUGACUGUGAGAUACUGCCAAUAGUGUACGUUAACCCUUUACGCUUAAUUUGAUUUACUUACCUUUUCGGAAUUCUAUAAAAUGAACCAAAAUCAUUAAAUGUUGAAGUUAAGAAAUUUCAAGAGAUGUGUUUGGGUGUUUAAUAAUUGAAAGUUAAGUCACAUGCUUCCAAUCACAAGAUUUGACUUUUUGUUUAUCCAAGUUUACGUACAAAUGAUUCUCUUGUAUAGACAAAAAGCUGCAUAUGCUUAAGAAAAAAAAAAUCAGGCUUAUAUAGAAAGGGUUUUUUUCUCAAUUACUCAAGAACUGCCGAUCUUAUUACUGGACAACGGUUAUUAGUUGCAGGUGACUUUUUGCAUACGAAAGCUAGUUAGGUGGAAGCCCAGAUCUCCAUCUAUGGAUCAUGAUAAGCUCUCAGGCACGGGGAACAGGGAUUGAUAGUUGUAAGGUUGAUAAAGUCGGUUAAGUGUGAUGGGUUGGUUCGUUGGUUUUCGGUCUGCUAAUCGUACCGUAACAUUCAUCCGUACCAUUUGCUAUUUCAUCGUCGACCACCUAACUCGUCGCUCGCUCGAAAUUGCUCAUAUGCAGGUGUUGGAAAGCCGAACGAUAGUGUCGGAGCUUAACCAAACAACCUGCAACGUUUACCAACAGCCACCCCAAACUAGUAUAGUCGGUAGCGAAUUCACCAGUGUUGGAGGGAGAAUUAAUAUAAGCAUUUUUUCAUCAACCUGUUGCAUUGCGAACACAGGGCCAAGCCUGUUGUGUUGUGUUUAUGCUGUGUUCUUUUUCUCCCCGUUUUUUUGCUGAUGUAUGCCACAGCGGCAGUAACCACUUGGAUCGAUAGAGAAACGUUGUACCACUUUUUGCUACCAGUUUCACACACUGUGCAAAGUCAAAGUGGACCAUAUUUUGAAUUGGAACCCCCUUACAUUCAAUGCUGCUGCUGUGUGCUUUGGGGUUGACAUCAAAUUGACUGACUGACCGACUGACUGACCAUGCGACGAACGGGCUAAAGCGCUACGACAUUAUAUGACCGGUAUCCGUUAAUUUUUCAUGCCACGAUUCGAGAUGGGUGUGUGAGUAAAAUAUUAUAAUCAGCAUUCCAUGCCAUUCAACCAUGAUACACGGUCGACGUGGAGGAGGUGUUAACUUAUUGAAGCAGCGUGUAACGGAUCAUAAAAUCUACUAAGCUUGUCUGUUGAUUUAGUACUACAUGACACUAGCAAUACAUUUGUAGGCAUUCUAAAACUUAUAUCCUUUACAAAAAUAGUUUCUCAAAUGUUGGGUCUGCACAAUUGCUGUGCGCAAGUUUUUUAAUACAUCGUUUUUAAGAUAUAAAGGAACGAAAAUAUAAUUGUUUUAAAAUCUUGCACAGGGAAAUAGAUAAAGAUGGAGUUCAGAAAACAAUGCUUUAGUUUUUUUUGAAUAUGUAUGUUCUCUUUUGUAGCUACUAUUCUCAAGGUUCUUUUGCUAUGCAUUGUUGCGAGUUUUGUAGAUUCAUUUGAAGUCAGUGCUGACGGAGUGCCCCGUUCUAUUUUGAGAUGAAGUUCAUUUCCUUAAACAUUAACACUGGAACAACUUCGCCAGUUUUUGUCUGCGGGGCAGUAAAUACGUGGGAAACUGAAAGUUUUUAUUGGCGUGAAAGAAGAGCCCGGCGAGUUUUCAUCGUUCGCAGUGCUGUAGCACAACUGACCAGGUUGUGCCAUCCGCACGUUCAUAGAACAAUUUCCGUUAAGUACAGGAGGAAAUCAAAAUCCACCCAGUUCGUUUUGUAUCCAUCCAUGUAUUCAUACUCGAAAACGCUUUGCAGUGUUGAAAAACGGCGGAUGGUCGUGGAGGUUCCUCGAGCUGCGAAGAAAAGGAGGCAUACUUAGGUGGGGUGGUCUCGGAACCCUUAACUCAAUUACAGCUUUGGUCGAUUUCUUCAUGGCAAAAUUAUACCCAUAGUAGCGAAGGUACAGUACCGAGAGUUGGUAGGAGCUUUUCGUUGCUUUACAGUACGAAGUAGACAAGAUCUUCUCGCUAUUUCUGCAUCAUGGUUGCAUCUAGUGGAACUUUUUCACCGUACAAAAGCAAUAUCAACUACACAUCGUCGUGAUCGUGUUUGUGAAAAAGUGGGGCUUUGGUUGCGUUUGCUACCAAAGGGCUUUUCCUUUGCUGGGAGUUUGCGCGUUCAGUAAAUGGUCGUUGUACCGUCGUUAUGUCGUUUGCACUAUCAUGCCACGAAAGCCUGCCGUCUGACCUGGGUAUUCUAAUUGGAUUUGAAGCACUGCGUCAUCUUUGUGGGAGGAUGUUUGCGCCGUAUUCUGGUCGAUCCGUUGCAUCAUGCAAAACUGUCGCAGCCGGGAAUAGUGUUUUGAAUAAGUUAUGAAUCUUCCAUCAUGACCAGUAGCUGGAACAUGGGUAUUGGAAAUGAGGUCCAAAGAAGUGUAAGCAAAAGCAAACCUUCAUUAUUGAUUCACGAGUAGAGUUGAUCUUUUGAAAUGCCACCACAGUGAAAAUGGGUAGUGUUUACCAUGCACGUUUAUUUUAAAUUCAAAUUAAACUUAAACCAUAAUUUAGAACUAUACAGGGGACUGUCUGCUUUUCUUGAAUAAAAAAAAACAAACACAAAAAUUGCUUGAGUUGAAGAUUGUGUAUAAACUAUCUCUUUUUUGUUUUUCAAAAAUAUAUCUUUUGUAACGACGUUUGAAAGGAUGAUUAGAAACAAGAAGUUCUUCCUAAUUUCUUUAACCUUAAUCAUUUGUCACCUAAUGAGUUUUGUUGACACGAAAACCAAUGCGAAACUGAUAAAACAAUGCGAUAGGAGAUGCGAAAGGUAUAAAAAAAACCAUAAACCAACUCGUAUCUGUAUUUAUUGACGAAAUUGACGAAAAUGUUCAUAAUGUUCUCACCAUCGCGCACGACUGAAACCUGGCAGUAAUAAUUUUCAUCCUCAUUUAUUAAUCAUGGAAAUGAGGUUGAUGCAUAACGAGAUGUUGAAAUGGGAAGGAAUCAGAAUCAAAGCAUAGCCUCCAAUAAUUUUGUUCCGUUCGGGACGUCGCUCGACUCCCGCGUCCGUAUCGUACGGGCAAUCGGUCGCUGUACUUCAUUUCUUGCCGGUGGUUUUCUUCGGGUGAGAAGUUUUGACGGUUAUUCCUUCAACCGUUAAAUCAAUCAACCACACUGUGGUAAGCAACAUAGCCGGUUAGUGUCGAUUUAGCUCUCUUCUUCCCGGCUGCUGUUCUUGCUGCUGACCACGAACACCUUAUGUUGUUAUUGAUCGUUUAAAUGAUUCUUAAUGCAUUUGCUUUGUAGUUUCCUUUUUUACCUUAAAGUUGUAGCUGGAAGUAAGAAACGUACAAUUGUGAAUUUGUGGAUGUAUUUCGCAUUUCAUGUGCUUGUUUCGAGAAUGUGCGUUUUGAAGAAUAGAAGAAUUGCUCAUGGCAUAUCGUUCCUUUUUUUUGGACAAUAUACGAUAUGGUUGAUUGAUUUUAACCAUUUAUCGACAGUGGCUGCAACAUGUGAUUGAUUUUGUGUGUUUUUUUCCUUGCAACAUAAGUCCAUUUUUAAAGGUACGAUGUUUAAUUACAUUGGAUUUGUAACUGUUUCGCCGUUUAUUUUCCGCUCAUCGGAGCUGACUUUAAGCUCAUCGCAGCUGACACAGAUUGUUGAUUGAUGUUAGUCGACGUCAGGUGCGUAUUUAGGGUGAGGUCUCGUUAUAGAGCAAAUCGAGUUUCGUUGAAUGUUUGUGAAAAAAUCGAGAUAAAAGCAAUAAGUUUGAGAAACGAGUAAAAUGGGCUUCUUCCUCAUGAGUUAGUGUAUGAAUUGAACGAAUUAGUUGAUAUUUGAGAUAGUAAAGAGGUUCAAAUAUUCAAAUAUUUAAAAUGCAUGUUGCUAUAUGCUCUGGCGAUGAAUUUUUGUUUUCAUUUAAAUAUUAAAUCAAAAUAUUAUUUCUAAUGGGCAAAAGUUAUCCACAAAUAUUCGGUUCUUUCUCAGUUAGCAUUCUGAUAACACAAAUUUUGAUAAUGAAAACUUGGAAUGAAUUCUUGAAAACUCAAGGUGCUGGAACUUACGUUUACAGAAGAACUCCGAAGUAUACUUGGCAUAAGUCAUCGUGACAGUGAAGAGAACAAAACAGUUCUAUAACUUACAAAUGGGUUCAUAUUUCAAUAUGGUUCGUCCACUUAACACGCUUCGUCUAAUCCAACGGUAUUUUCCCCACUAAUCUAAUCAGUGAAACGGUGCGUAAAGUUAGCUGACAUUUCUGUAAUGACAUACCAAAGACAUCAAGGGCUCUCGAAGACGAAUCAGUGAAGUGAAAAGUAACUACCUCAACGCUUUUUACACAUGCAACAGGUGUAUUUCAUAUCAAGCAUUCCGUGUGUACAUAGGAACAAGAGAAGUGCUAGAGUGUCAAAGGUUCGGGUUACAUACGUAUCACAAAUCAUUACAGUGGCAGUGUCUCCAGUGCGCUAGUAUGCUGCAUCUGAAAAGUGCUUUACAAAUUCCGAAGAACGCUGCUUUGUGUUGAGAGGAUUGCAUUGUGGUUGAAAAGAGUCAACCGAACCGUGUAGUUGGGGCACGAUCAUGAGCACACGAUCCUGAGCAAUCAGAGCACGUACGAAAGCGCGAAAGUGUUCGAGCCGAGCAGAGGGCACAGCAUUGCCGCGCAUAUGAAGCGCGACGAGGAACGUGCACGCAAGAUGUGGAGGGACAUUGGUGUUGCAGCGAUGCAACACGGUCCAAACACUCUCCAUCAUCAUCAGCAGCCACCGAUGUACGGCGGUCCCGGCAACGGUACGGCCUCAACUUUGCCCAGUAAUCCCCACUGGAAUCAACCGGGAUACAGGAAUUCCUACAGUCUGCCACAUCCAACAUCUCAGAACGGUGUGAGUGAAAGGAAUGGUGGAGGCAGAGGUGUAGACAGUGGUGGUAGCCGGUAUCAACACUACGACGUAAAGCCCCUCUCGCAAGCGCCCUCCUUUCCGGAGAUCUCGAGUGCCAGCUACAAUGGCAACGGGUACCACCAUCCGCACCACAACCACCAUUCUCAUCACCUCCACCAGCAACAGCAGCCCCAUCAUCCGGCGGGUCAUCAUGGACUUAAGCCUCCGCGUCCGCUAUCGAUGUACGAGCUGAGCAACGGGCAUCACAAUGGAGGCAACAGUAGUCCGCAGUUACAUUCGCUACCACCGAACUUUGUGCCACACCAGACGCGUAAUGGAAGCGGGCGGUCACCACCUCCGUUGGUGAUCCACAACAACAACAAUCAGCAUGGUAUGGGACCACGAUCACCUGUAGGUCACGCCAGUGAAGGCGUCGGAGGAGGUCGCGCACUUUUACAACAACCGGAAGAACUGAAAGUCGACCCGGAGCUUAUCUUCACAAAGCAGGAGCGUAUCGGCAAAGGAUCCUUCGGUGAGGUGUUUAAGGGUGUUGACAACCGGACGCAGCAGGUGGUCGCAAUUAAGAUCAUCGAUCUCGAAGAAGCUGAAGAUGAAAUCGAGGACAUUCAGCAGGAAAUUAUGGUGCUAUCACAAUGUGACUCGCCGUUUGUCACCAAAUACUUCGGAUCAUAUCUCAAGGGCACCAAGCUAUGGAUCAUCAUGGAAUAUCUUGGAGGUGGAUCCGCACUAGACCUUAUGAAAGCGGGUCUCUUCGAGGAGAUGCACAUCGCCAUUAUAUUGCGCGAGGUACUGAAAGGUCUGGACUACCUGCAUUCCGAGCGCAAGCUACACAGGGACAUCAAGGCGGCGAACGUGCUGUUAAGCGAGCUGGGCGACGUGAAACUGGCUGACUUUGGUGUUGCUGGACAACUCACUAAUACCACUUCCAAACGCAAUACCUUCGUUGGGACACCCUUUUGGAUGGCACCGGAAGUGAUAAAGCAGUCGAUGUACGAUUCCAAAGCCGACAUCUGGUCGCUAGGUAUAACCGCAAUCGAGCUGGCGAAAGGGGAACCACCCAACUCCGAGCUACAUCCGAUGCGGGUAUUGUUUCUCAUCCCGAAGAACAAUCCACCUCAGCUAACCGGUAGCUAUACGAAGCCAUUCAAAGAUUUUGUCGAAGCGUGCCUAAAUAAAGAUCCAGAAAAUAGACCAACAGCAAAGGAGCUGCUAAAGUUUCCUUUCAUUAAAAAGGCGAAGAAAAAUUCAUACCUAAUCGAUUUAAUCGAUCGGUACAAAAAGUGGAAGUCUCAAAAAGGCGAAGAAAGCGAAACAGAAUCAGAAAACUCGGAUUCUGAGGAUUCGAAACAGGAUAGUGAUCUCGAUGAACCGUGGAUAAUGACGGUGAAGGGAAUGAAUUUUAAUAACUUUAACAAAAAUGUGAUGGAAGACCCGCUUGGAUCACCGGUAAAACACAAUGGUACUAGCAAUGUCGGCGGAGUCAGCUCGAACCGUGAUAGGGAUUACAAUUUGAAUCAACAUAAAACAAGUCAGCCACGAACGUCCUCAUCGCCAUCGCAUCAGUCAUCUUCGACACUGAUUGCAGCCAACAAUGCCACCAACAACAGUAACACCAGCCCAAUAAUAGUAGAUUCGCGUAAGGAGCGCGAGUUGCAAAAUCAAUUCUCCGCUCUGCAGCUGCAAAAGGAGAAAGAAGCGAGCUUAGAACGGCAACAGCGGGAUCAUCGCUUGGAACGUGAAUCGGAAUGGGAAAAGGAUCGUGAAAAGGAACGGGAACGCGAGCGUGACCGAGAACGGGAGCGGGACCGUGAACGGGAACGCGAUCGCGAACGGGAGCGGGAUCGGGAGCGCGAUCGCGAACGUGAACGGGAUCAUCGCGAACGAAUAGAUCGUGAUCAUCGAGAAAAGGAUCGCGAAAACAAAGAGCGAAAAAUCGUUGCCUCCGACAGUCUGGGCGGAUCGGGCAAUGAGAACGACAAACGCAGCAGCAGUUUGCGACGCGAACGGGACUCCCCGAGCCACAACAAUACCGGCAGCAAUGGCAACUCGCGCACCAACAGUAUUACGAAUGUAAAUAAUAACUCCAGCAAAAGCUCGAGUCGAACGUCUGCGACAACGACGACGACGUCGACAAACAGCGGUUGCCUUAAGGCAAUUAUUUUCCCCCUUUUAUCUGAGAUGCAGCGAAAUUACAACAGUGGCUCCGAUAUGGGAGACCUACGGCUAGCCUUUGAGAGUGCCGAACGGAGUAGUCCGGGCGUGAGUGAUCUGUUUGUGAAGGAAAUUAUUCACAAGCUCGUGCCCGGUUUCUCCGAGACGCGAAUCAAUACGCUUAUAGACAAAGUGACACGCGAACCCAGGAUAAAACGAUAAGCGUUAAAGUAGCGCGUGUUUUUGUGCGUUUCUCAAGAGGAAAAUUAGGCUCGACCGUUUACGUUGUUUCUUAUGGCAGCUAUAUUAAGCUCUAUUCAUGUGUUGUAAAUGAAAUUAAAUCCAAUAGGAAGCAGUCAUAGAACGAUGAGCUUACCCAGUUCAUAGCGUGCCGUUAAUCAGUGUAAUAUUUCUUGUGGUUUCGUCAUAUUUACAAGAUCGUCCCGGGAUUGUACGAAGAGUGUGUAGAGUUUUGGUUAAUCUUGUUUUGCUUUUAAUUUUUUGUUAAGAAUUUAACAGUCACUACCAAUCUACCAUAACAAUUGCAAUCGUGUACGGCUCAUAAUAAAGGUUCAAAGGUUGGAAGAAUUAACGCGCUGGUUUUCGUUUGUUUCCGUUACGAUUGUCUGCACUGUCUGUACAUAGUGUGGGACAGCGUUAAUAAGAAAGUUUGAACAACAUGUAACUGAAUAAAUGAAGGAUCACGUCGUACUGAGGAUGUGUAAUGAUUAGAAUAUUUAAGUGACAAUUCUAAAACUAUGUUACGGUGUAUCCCAAUAAAAAGUAUGAAACCCAUAAA